AUGGGCAGCCUCGCGGCUGAAUUUGCAAUGAAAGAUCUUGGGCCUCUCAGCUACUUCUUGGGUAUUACAGUUUCUCGCACAGGUCACAAAAUGUUUCUAUCACAACAAUCUUAUGCCUUGGAUAUUGUCAACCGUGCGGGUAUGUCUACUUGUAAUCCGGUCGCCACCCCUGUUGAUACAAAACCAAAGCUUGGUGCUCAAUCUAGUGUCCUGUUUGAUGACCCCACUUUAUAUCGCAGCCUUGCGGGCGCACUCCAGUAUCUCACUUUCACUAGGCCCGACAUCAAUUAUGUUGUUCAACAAAUAUGCAUUCAUAUGCAUAAUCCUAGCAUCGAACACUGA